AGUAUUUCUUCAGAGUGCUGUUUCUGCAGCAAUACUGUCGAGAUCGUUGCGGCUCAGUUGCCGCUGUCUCCUCUGACCCGACUCCCUCCUGCCCCGCUCACUCAAGCUCAUGACUACGGAGAGGAGCUGGACUGGAGAUCCUCUGGCAUCUUCCUUACUCGAUCGGCCAUCCUAUAUUGCCACUUUUGAGGCCAAUGAGCACAGACGGCAUCCCGCAACAGCCUCUUCGUCUGUGGCCGACCGCAGAGCGUCUCCAUCUCACGCCGAGGGGGCUGCGCCUUCGUCCUCGUCUGCCCAGCAUGUCCGAUCCAAGCGCAGGAUGCGAGAGAAUCACAAGCCUGCCGUGGGCUCUGAUAAGAUCAGAAGUAGUGCCCGCCCGCACUUGCUGAAAGGAAAAGGAGCCGCGCCAGCCUCUUCGAGUCUGACAUCUUCUCCGUCUCCGAAUGACGACACGACCUCGGCAUUCAAGAGACCUCGUUUGUCGCCCACGUUGUCAACUGAACAAAGUGCUUAUACUAGUGCAUAUGCGGCAGAGCCUUCGAGCGCAGAUGGUUCCCGCCAGCGCGGUGCUUUAGAAUCCUCAGAGGACGACAGCAGCUCCGAGUCGGAAGCAUUUCAAUGGGACAAGAAGGCUGUCAGGCACGGCAGUUUUCCCCCUAUUCAGGUCAUGAAAUCCCUUGCAGUACCCUCACCUCGUUCGUGGCAUUCCUCAAUAUCGAGAGAGCCCUCUCCUCUGGGGCGCAAAAGCACGGCAUCUCCCUCUCGUGAUACCGGGGAUGUAGGGGAAUCAUUUGCGCGGCAUCGCCGCCCCUCCCCUUCUCGGCCGCCCCGACCAGGAGAAGAUGCCAUGAUUGGCAAUUAGCUCAUAGGGUAGAAUCUAUCGCACGCAUCAAAGCAGGAGAGCUGGGCGUGGUGAUUGUUCUCAGUACAACAUACACGAUGCUAGCUCAUGGCAACAGCUUCAUAUGGUCAACAGAUGCUCGCAGUUUCCGAGCCAGCGC